CCCUCGGCAGGUGUGGGGGCGCUGCCCCCCCCCCGGGCGGCCCCGCGGGGGAAGCGGCAGCGGUUCGUGGAUAAGAACGGGCGGUGUAACGUGCAGCACGGGAACCUGGGGGGGGAGCCCAGCCGGUACCUCUCGGACCUCUUCACCACGCUGGUGGACCUCAAGUGGCGCUGGAACCUCUUCAUCUUCAUCCUCACCUACACCGUGGCCUGGCUUUUCAUGGCCUCCAUGUGGUGGGUGAUCGCCUACAUGCGGGGCGACCUGAACAAGGCGCACGACGACAGCUACACCCCCUGCGUGGCCAACGUCUACAACUUCCCCUCCGCCUUCCUCUUCUUCAUCGAGACCGAGGCCACCAUCGGCUACGGGUACCGCUACAUCACGGACAAAUGCCCGGAGGGCAUCAUCCUCUUCCUCUUCCAGUCCAUCCUGGGCUCCAUCGUGGAUGCCUUCCUCAUCGGCUGCAUGUUCAUCAAGAUGUCUCAACCCAAGAAGAGGGCCGAGACCCUGAUGUUCAGUGAGCACGCCGCCAUCUCCAUGCGGGACGGCAAGCUCACCCUCAUGUUCCGGGUGGGCAACCUCCGCAACAGCCACAUGGUCUCCGCGCAGAUCCGCUGCAAGCUGCUCAAAUCCCGCCAGACCCCGGAGGGUGAGUUCCUCCCGCUUGAUCAGCUGGAGCUGGACGUGGGCUUCAGCACGGGGGCCGACCAGCUUUUCCUCGUGUCCCCGCUCACCAUCUGCCACGUGAUAGACGCCAAGAGCCCCUUCUACGACCUCUCCCAGCGCAGCAUGCAAACGGAGCAGUUCGAGAUUGUCGUCAUCCUGGAGGGCAUCGUGGAAACGACGGGGAUGACGUGCCAAGCCAGGACAUCCUAUACCGAGGACGAGGUGCUCUGGGGUCAUCGGUUCUUCCCCGUUAUCUCCUUGGAAGAGGGAUUCUUUAAAGUCGAUUACUCCCAGUUCCACGCGACGUUUGAGGUCCCCACGCCGCCAUACAGCGUGAAGGAACAGGAGGAGAUGCUGCUCAUGUCCUCGCCCUUGAUAGCGCCCGCUGUGAGCAACAGCAAGGAAAGGAAUAACUCGGUGGAGUGCCUGGAUGGUCUUGACGAAGUUGGCACAAAACUACCUUCAAAACUGCAGAAAAUAACCGGGAGGGAAGACUUCCCCAAAAAACUCCUCAGGAUGAGUUCUACCACCUCUGAGAAGGCCUACAGCAUGGGGGAUUUACCCAUGAAACUCCAGCGGAUCAGCUCGGUCCCCGGGAAUUCAGAGGAGAAACUGGUGUCUAAAACCACAAAGAUGAUGUCGGAUCCGAUGAGCCAGUCGGUGGCCGACCUGCCGCCCAAGCUGCAGAAGCUGUCGGGCGGCGGCAGGAUGGAAGGGAACCUGCCACCCAAACUGCGGAAAAUGAAUUCGGACCGGUUUACAUAA